AUGUCUGUCCGUCCUAUUCAUAUUGCUGUACUUGACACCGACAUUCCUUGCUACCCUGUCUACGCCAAACGAGGAUUAUACAGCUCACAAUUUAACGUUCUUCUCACUGCCGCCGCAGAUCGCAUCAAUGAAAGCAAAUUCCACCAGCAUAGAACGUCUCUUGGUGUUCACCUUACUGCAUUCGACGUUGUUGGGGGCUCGUUCCCACAUCUGGAAUCCUUACGAGUCAGCCCUUGGUCGCCGACAGAAUAUCGACCCCCUGGCUUCCCAGGCCCUGUUGAUGCAAUUCUGGUCACCGGAGCAGCAGCAGCAGCAUAUGACACUUUCCACUGGAUUGCAGGCUUGCGAUCUUUUAUUAAGAGAGUGUAUGCGGACUAUCCCAUGGUCAAGAUUUUCGGAUCUUGCUUUGGACAUCAACUUAUAGCUCAAGCCCUCAUCGCAAGUGAGAAAAGCUAUACGUCCCAAGGAUCUUCAUUUAAGGUGUCCGUUGAGCCAUCAUCCGGUGGCCAUGAAAUUGGCAUGCACCCUAUCAUCUUGAACCCGGCUUUUGUCCGCAACUUCCCGCCUCUAGCUCGGUUUACUCCAGAACAGCCAUUCCAUAUUCAGGUCAUCCACGGCGAUGCCGUCAUAUCUUCACCAGAAGACAAACUACUUACCGGGGGAAAUGGGACUAUAUUACCUGAACCGUGGCUCAGUAUCGGAAGCAGCCUUAAAUGUCCCAUCCAGGGCCUCUACAAGCCCGGCCACGUUCUCACGUUACAAGGUCAUUUUGAAUUCGAUGCCUUUGCCACUGCCGAGCUCUGCCAUAAAUUCGCCCAACAGUUUGACUGGCCUGCAGAUUUGCUUGCCUCACAUCUAGAAAACAUCAGGCGCUCGGUGGUGCCUGGCAAAGAUGAUGAUGAUGACUCUAAGAUAGCGGCGGAGGCGGUCCUUUUGUUUUUCGCGGGGGAGGACAUGACUUCGAGCUCAGAUAUCAAUUCAUCCUCAUGCUGA